CAACGUGGCGGCUGAAUAAUGCAGCAGGCGUCAAGUAGUGUGGCGUUUUGUAAGAUAUUCGUAAAUAGUUAAAUUAAGUGUUACUAAAUGUCAGUGUAAUUUUUAUGACUUAUAGUUAAUAUGAGUAGGUAUUACGAUUACGGUAACGCGAUAUCAUGUUGACAUGAGAUGGUCGCUCAUCAACAAUGGUUAAAACACGAUCUUCAGCGAGGGUAGGAAAUGCGGCACCGGCACCCUCGGAAAAUGGCAACUCGUCCGAACUUAGAUCGCGGCUCAAAGCUACCGAAAACGGACGUUCACAUAAGAACAACAACUCUAGGAACAACCAGGCACUAGGGUCGAGCGGCGUACCGGGCGGUGGCUCGCAGGGUAAGGACCCGCUAGCGCCGGGUCUGGCGUCGCAGCGCAACCUAUACCAGCACCCCGCCGUGAGUGGGUACAACACGGACUCGCGCGCGCAGGGCAUGCCGGUCACUGCACGACAAAACAUGUACGCGGGCGGCAUGUACCACGGGUACGGCACGCCGGGCGCCGCGCUGGCGCCCAUGCCGUCGCCCUCCCCCACCGCCCCGCUGCCGCCCUACCCCGUGCACCCAGACGUUAAGUUCAAGAAAUUGCCUUUUUACGACGUGAUGGCAGAGCUGAUGAAGCCGACCACAAUGAUGCCGACACAAGCGGGCCGCAUGCAAGAGGGCGCCUACCAGUUCCACCUCACUCCCGCGCAGGCCACCGACAUCGCCUGCGGCAAGGACAUCAUCGGCACCAGCAACAAACUAGACUACGUUAUACAGGCCCAAUUGAGGUUUUGCCUUCUGGAGACAACAUGUGAACAAGAAGACUGCUUCCCGCCAAGUGUUAAUGUUAAAGUCAACAACAAAAUGUGUCCAUUGCCAAACCCUAUCCCGACCAACAAGCCGACCCCGGAGCCGAAGCGGCCGCCGCGGCCCGUCAACAUCUCCUCGCUGGUGAAGCUGUGUCCCACCGUUGCCAAUACAGUCCAGGUGACGUGGGCGUCGGACUUCACGCGCGCAUACGUGCUCAGCGUGUUUCUGGUUCGCAAGCUGACCUCCGCCGAGCUGCUGCUCCGGCUCAAAAAUAAGGGCACCAAGAACCCCGACUACACGCGCUCGCUCAUAAAAGAGAAGCUGUCGGAGGACUACGACAGCGAGAUCGCGACGACAUCCCUCCGCGUGUCCCUCAUGUGCCCGCUCGGCAAGAUGCGCAUGUCGUGCCCGUGUCGCCCCGCCAACUGCGCGCACCUGCAGUGCUUCGACGCCUCGCUGUUCCUGCAGAUGAACGAGCGCAAGCCCACGUGGGUGUGCCCCGUGUGCGACCGGCCCGCGCUCUACGACUCGCUGGUGGUGGACGGAUACUUCCAAGAGGUGCUGACGUCGCCGCGGCUGGCCGGCGACUGCAACGAGAUCCAGCUGCACGCGGACGGCAGCUGGUCCGCGCACGCGCCGCCCGCGCGCGCGCCGCAGGCCGCGCAGCCCGCCGCCGAGCCCGUCACGCUCAUCGCCGACGACUUGGAGGUGAUACCAGUGGAAGGAAACGGCAGUAACGCCAAACGCGCGGCAGUCGGGGAGAACCGAACGCCAAAAGCCACAGAGGUCCUCGUGGACCUGACUUCGGACUCCGAGGACGAGCUGCCGUUGAAGCGGAAGGUGCCGCAGCCCAAAACCACGCCGCCGGCCGAGGUCACCGUCAAGACUGAUGAUACGUAUUCGUCUUCCAAUGGCGUGGAGGCGGUGUCGUCGUCGGGCUACCGGUCGCCGGGCGGGGGCGGGGGCGGCGGCGGCGGCGGCGGCGCGGGGAGCGCGGUGAUCUCGCUGGACUCGCCGUCGCCGCCCGCGCCCGCCUCGCCCGCCGCCGCCGACCCGCUGCCCGACACCACGCCGCCGCACCUCUCCAUCACGCCCGUCGACCAGUGCACCAGCAACAACAGCGAGCGUGAGGAGGGCGAGGCGGCGCCGGCGCACUGGGCGCCCUACGCCGACUCGGACCGGGACUCGCAUGACUCAUAUAGAAGGUACUGACUGAGGGAGAAGAGUGGCCGCCGCUCGUACGCCAGCGGCCACUCGUCGGACGAGGAGCACGAGCCCGGCUACCCCGAGGUGCCCGUGCUGCCCGCGCAGUAGCCGCCGUGGCUCGCCAGGACUACUGCCGCGCCACGCCAAACGAACUCUACUUCUGUAUGACGCACCAGCGGAAACGUGCGGAUAUCUUCAUACAAUCCUGGGGAACGUUGUUUGUUGGAAGUUACGUUCGUGAAAAAAUUACCUGUAAAGUUUCGCACUUGUCAUUUUGAACGUAAAUUCAAUUAUUAUUUAAUUAUAUUGUAGGAGCGCCAUUUCGAACGUUGACAGUAUCUACAUCUUUAAAUCUAAACAAGUAACGGACCAAUCAAUAUUAAAUGUGGCGCCGGCAUCUAACAUCUCAGCUGAUAGUGAAACUAUACAGGUUUUUAACGGACUUAACUCUGAUUCUCAGUGGUUUGUUCAACUCAACCAUCAGUGGAUGCUGGUGAAAAAUCUUCCUCGAGUUAUGAUGUCAGUUUAAACAAGAGACUAUUUGUGUUGGUAUUGCAGUGAUGUGAAAUAUCACAUGGACUGAAUUAAUUGUAAUGUUUGUCCCGACUGAAAGACAUUGGGAGGUUUAGUGUAGUAUCUAUUAUUAAAUUUUAGUUAAUCAUUUAGUACAGGAUGCAAGUUCCAUCGCACGGUUACGCAGGUUUUCUACUUUUGCAUUACCUUAUUUAUUACCAAAUAUUAAAAAAUGAUUCUUGUACCUUAAAAUCUAAGUAAGGCUUAGGCUAGUCUUAUGGUCGCACUCGGGUUCUGUUUGCUGCUUAUUGCGAUCGUUGUGAGAGUGGAAGUACCAUUUUCAUUUUUGAUUUGCUCAAUUUUUUGAGCUUACCCUUUAAUGUUAAUACUAAAAUGAAAUUAUUUAUAUUAUUUCUUGUAGACCUGUAUGAUACGAAGUUUAAAGGAUGUGUGAUCUUAUUCGCCAAAAAUGAUGGCAUAAACCGACACAAUCAUUGACUAUUUUCAACUCCAAUUUGUUUUGACUGUGAACAAUUCAGUAAUAAUUAAGGGUUUAGAAUUGCCAAUAAUUAUUUUUCUAAACAUCUCUUAUCACGAUUACGUUGUCUCGACGAUGUUAAUAGAUCCAAUCACCUAAUAUUUAUUAUAAGGUUUAGAAUAAUUUACGGUGAAUAUCAGACACUCCAUUAUGAAAUGUAGUGUUAGAAGCUUAUUGCGUUGCGAUCACUACUGUAAGAUAAAUUAAAAUAAAUGUAAAUAAUUCAGGUAAAA